GUCUAGGCCCCUGAUGUCACUGGCUCGAUCAGCCAAGGAGAGAGGCUGUCCCACGAAGCCGUGCAAAGGUGGGGUGAGGCACAGGAAGGAAGCAGAGAGUCUAGGAGACAUCCCAGCCACAUACAAGUGGCCCCGUGGGGACCCGAGCCUGCUGGAGGAGGUGGCAUCAGGCUGAGUGGGGCUCCCUGGACUCCCUGGACAGAGAGGCACCUGCUCACCAUGCUGCCUCUCCUUGCCCUGCUUCUCCUGAUCGGGCCAUCAGUGUGCACUACAGCAGGAGACAGAGAGGAACUGGCUUUUGGUGCCAAGGCAGAGUCCUGGGUGACAGUGAACCUGAAGGGAAUCCCCAUCCCCAGCAUUGAACUUCAGCUUCAGGAGUUGAAGAGAAGCAGGACUCGCCAGUUCUAUGGUCUGAUGGGGAAGCGGGUGGGAGGGUAUCAGCUGGGACGUAUAGUGCAGGACCUCCUUGGCACAAGAGGUUUGUCCAUAGAAGGAACCUGCAGACGGGCAGCAAGUAAACAGAGGUCACGACCCGGAGCAGUGACCAGAGAAAGCCUCCGGAGUGGAGAGGAAGAUGAGAUUCCCCUAACCACCAGCAACGUGUAGCACUCUGCCACCCAUCUCUCCCCAGAACAUCACAGCUGAGGAGCUUCAGCCAACAGUCCUGGUCUUUUGUCUUCAACUCGGGUAUUUCCUGCCAGGCCCUCGUCAAACUCUGCAUUUCUCCCAGGACUCACUCUUGGCAUCUGGUAGCAACGACACACGAAGCACUGCUGCCUCCUCACAAGCUGGACUGACCCAGCUCUCCCUUGUCCCUACAGCAAAGCUUUACACUCUGUAUCCCAUGCCUAGCACACAGUAGGUCUCAAUAAACGAGUUAGCAGUAAUAGGUAGCUUCCUCAGCCAUGCAAGGUAGAGGGCAGGAUGUCAGAAAAGCAGAGACCAACAUUACACAGCCCAGGUCUAAUCCUUGGGUGGGAAGAGAGCUUGGAGUCUGGCUA